AUGGAAAAAACUACCCUUCCCUCACUGCUACUUCUCCCCUACCCUCCUGACCCCAUCACACCAGCUUCUCUCAAUGCCGCCUACCGCCCAUCCCUCACAGCAGCUCUUGCCAAAUUGAAGCGCCCAACUAGUGCCUCCAAGCUCAUCGUCGCCGUUGUCUGUCCCAUUCUCAACGGCCAAUUUCUCCGAUCCAAGACUCUGUCAUGGCCUCGCGCCCAGAAGCUCAUCUCCGGCCUCUACGGCCUCAUCUCAGCCAUUUGCACACAGCACUCCAUCACCAUCGAAAUGGACGGCGGUCCCAACUCGGUCGACACAACCAUCAUCCUGAUCGAUCAUGACCGCACCAGAAGCUUCACCCCCGAUUACCGUCCAGAAAUUAUGCCCAAUAACACCAUCAUCAUCGACAUGCCCACCUUCGCCAACGCCUACCACCCCUGGGAAUUCAUCUUUCACGUUCGCUCCGAGAUUGGCUUCGAAGUCUACCAAACCUACCUGCGCUUCGCCGAGGGCAAACAAACCCUCCUUCAGGAACAGCUCAUCCCCGUCGAGGGUGGACUAACCUUCAAUGUGAAAACCGGACCUGCCUCUCCCCUCGCAGCACAAGCCCAAUCACCCACCUACUCAGUCGUCUGUCUCGGCGGGACAUUCGACUACCUCCACCCAGGACACAAGCUACUCCUGGCCGCUGGUGCGCUACUCCUUCAAAUCCCUCACAAAGAUGACACCCCCCUCAAACCGGCCCGGUACAUCAUCGGCAUCACGGGCGACGAAAUGCUCAAGAACAAGAAGUACGCCGAGUACGUCCAGUCAUGGGAGACACGCGCACGCAACGUGUUACUUUUCCUCACUCAACUACUCGAACUCUCGGACCGGGGCUGGAAGGACGAGGGGUACGCCCGAUUCCAGGAACAGGACGGUGACUUCCGGGCUACCUUCCGCAACGGGACGAUCGAGGUCCAGUGCGUGCGGAUUCAGGACCCGUUCGGGCCGACCAUUACGGUCGAGGAGAUCGGGGCGCUGGUGGUGUCAGGGGAGACGCGAUCAGGUGGUCAGGCUGUGAAUGAUAAGCGAAAGGAACAGGGCUGGAAAAUCCUGGAUGUGUUUGAGGUCGAUGUGCUUGAGGCCGAGGAUGUGUCGGCGUCAGCGGCUGGGACGCCUACCAAGACAGAAAACUACGAGUCUAAGAUUAGCAGUACUGCGAUUAGGCAGCAGAGGGCGAGGGCUGGAAGCAGAACCAAGAUUUGA